CUUACUACCUUCACACACACCAAACAAUUAAUCCCUUCAUUCUUCCCUCUCUCUCUCUCUCUCUCUCUCUCUCUCUCUCUCUUCCUUCCAAUACUUCUACUACUCAUAUCCAUCCCUUACAUAAUCAUCAAGACCUCUUUUAACUCCAACAAGCACCACACCAACGCCAUCAUCAACAACAAGAAGCAAGAAAUUAAUUAAUUAGCACGAACCAAGAAUGAAGCUCUUCCCACCUCAUCAACCAGUUGACCUCUCCCUUCAAAUCAGCCCCCCAAACCCCACAAACCCUACUGAUCACCAUGAUCCCGUCGAUCUCCGCUUCUGGCCCAACUCCAACAGGCCCAACAGCAGCCCUAAUCACACCCCAACCGACCCCUGCUUCUUCAACCUCCUCUCCCUCUCAAACCGAUACUGCAGCUACGACAACCAUGAUCUUGGGCCCAUGACGAAGCCCAUCAAAGGCAUCCCUAUAUAUCACCACGCUGCCCCUCAUCAUCAUCGUCACCAGGCUCCGUACCAUCAGUGCGAGCCUCUUGGAGCUCAGAGGUCAAGGCUCCCGUCAAGAUUUCCGGCUAAGAGGAGCGCACGAGCGCCGAGGAUGCGGUGGACUACGACCCUCCACGCCCGGUUCGUUCAUGCUGUCGAGCUCCUAGGAGGCCAUGAGAGGGCUACACCUAAAUCAGUGCUUGAGUUAAUGGACGUGAAGGAUCUUACCUUGGCUCACGUGAAAUCACACUUGCAGAUGUAUAGGACUGUGAAGACUACUGAUAGACCACCAACUCCUUCAGGCCAAAGCGACCCAACUACAGAGAUGUCAGAUGAUAAUUUGCUCGAUAUUCGUGGACCCGAGCCUUCAGUCGAAAAUGGGAAGUCAUCAGGAGAUGGCCAUUAUGGAGUAUGGAGCAAUUUAUCUAGCAGGGCAACCUGGUUUGAUGACAAGCCAAUUGAUUCUAGUCUUGCGAGCCUACAAACUUUUGAGAAAGGAAUGCGUUCAAAAAGCGUUGAGAUGAUAUCUGAUCCAAAUUCUUCAUGCAUAUUCGAAACAACGACGAAGAAGCCCAAUCUAGAGUUUACAUUGGGAAGAUCACAUUGAUCCUAUUUUAUAAGCAUCACAAGGCCAACGAGAAAGAAGACCAAUAUGAGUGCAUCCUUGAAGAAAGUAUAAAGGAAAAGAGAGAAAGACAAGGAGACCAUUGAGGGAGAAAGCUAGAAAAAUGAGAGAUUGAUGUAGUGUUUCUAAAAGCUUAUUAUCCAAAGUUUCGAUCUCAAAGUCUA